AUUCACAAAUUUGCUUUGAUCUGUAGAAGUUGUGUUUGUUGGAAUCUGGUUUCUUUUUCACAUUGUAUGCGUUAAGGGUUUCUCUUACUGUGUAACUCAAAAGGCAUAUUAUGGUGGUGCUUUGAUGACACACCCAUUUAUGGAAGAAACAUCACAAUUGGGUCUCUGCAACUGCCCUUUUUCUGUCUUUAGGAAGCUAUUUGAGUAUUGAAUUUGAAGCUCUAACAACUCUCUCUUUAGCUUUUAAAAGAGGUUUUGUGGGUACCAAGGAUUUCAGUCUUAUAAUUGCUUCAACCUCCAUAUUAGCUUCAUAUCUAAGAAAUCCAACCAUGCCUUGAGUAUUAUUUUUGUUUCUUGAAGAAACAAAACUGAAUCCACUUCUUUGUUUUGGGUGUUAAACUGGUGCCAUUGUAUUCUUCUCUAUCUUCUUUAUGCUCUGAAAGGUUCACUUUUCUUCUUUAAUGGGCUUUAUUCUUUAUAUUAAAUCAAUCACUCUAGUGUUGUCUUAAAUUGAUCUUAGGUUAGGUCUUCAGAAAGUGGGAGUUCACUAGCUGGAGGUGUUAUAGAUGUAGAUUAGGUAAUAUGCCUUGGCACAUUGGAUUCCACCUUGCCUAAGGAAGUGCUGCAACUGGUAAUUUCUUUUACUUUAAGCUUCUCUUGGCUCUAUAAAGCUGCCAAAGUUUCUUGUUCCUUGUUGAGUCCCGCAAGAAAUUCUUUACCAGGUAACUCAGUCAAAUCCUCUACUUUGGUUUUAUUGAAUUUGUUUUCUAUCAGAAAGUCAUAGUAUCAGUUUCACUGGGAUUGUCCAGAUUUGCUGGUUUUUUGAAUUGGGGAUUCUGUUUUGUCAAAUAGGUCAGGCUCUAUUGGUCUGUGGGGUUCCAUUUUCUAAGGUGGAAAAUGGAUACUGAUGGUAGUGGUGAUUCUGGUUUUGAACAUAAAGAUGGGAGCCUUCUGGAUUGCCCAUCGUUGGGGAUUUUCACAUCUCUGUCAUCUUUAAAUGGAGUAACUUCAAUCUUCACUGGUGAUUACGACCCACCUGUUCCACUAGCACACAAUGCAGACAUUAUAGGUCUUCCUCCCUUGAAAACUCACGAUCAGAUUGAUGAUUUAUAUGCUGGUAAUGCACUAGAAAAUCAAGGAAUGAGUAGCACUAUCCACCUCACUCAGUAUUCCUCAGAUCCCAGAUUUGUUGAGCUAGUGCCUAACUUUCCCCACUUUAGCACUGCGGGCUUCUCAGAGAUGGUUACUCCCCGUUGCCUGCCUAAGUGCCACAACAUUGGUUGUCCUCCCGAUCAUCCUCUAGAGAAGAAUGGCACCAGAAAAACUUCAAAUUUACGAAACAAAACUAAUAAUUGUGCCCAGAUGGAGGGGUGCCAGAUAGCAGAUGAUGGAACCAUGAAACUGUCACCUAUUGAAAAGAAAAGGAAAAGAUUGGCCGAUGAUCGGUCUCAAUUUGCGCAUUUAAAGAAUAUGGAAGCAGCACAACCGAAGGAUGAAUGCCUAGGAAGGCAAGAUGAGAGGAAACAGAAAGCUGAACAAAAAAUAGUUGCAAAUAAUUUUGGUGAACUUAUAGGUGAAGAAGUUAAAAUGAGUUCCCAGACAGGGGAAGCUCCAAAAGAAGAUUACAUUCAUGUGAGAGCAAAGCGUGGCCAGGCGACCAAUAGUCAUAGCCUUGCAGAAAGAGUGAGAAGAGAAAGGAUUAGCGAGAGGAUGAAAUUUCUUCAAGAUCUUGUUCCGGGAUGCAAUAAGAUUACUGGAAAAGCGGUAAUGCUUGAUGAGAUUAUCAACUAUGUGCAAUCACUGCAACGACAGGUUGAGAUUCAUCAUUCAAAAGGUGGGACUGCCCCUAUUCUAGGGUUUGGUCCUGGAAUGAACUCUGCUUAUCCAAUCCCACAAGUAACUUUGCAAGCAAUCUCACCAACCAUUGAGAGCUCAACCCUUCAAUCAUCUCCCAUGUCUCCAAUGCCAAAUGUAUGGGAUAAUGAGCUCCAAGGUAUUAAACAGAUGGGCUUUACUUCAACUGCAGACCUAGAGAAUUUGGAAACAAGUGGUUGCACGAAAGUACAGCUAUAGAUUUCCUGAUGCCCUAGGGCUUAGCCCUUCUAACAAAGGAAGUUCUCUAUGAUCCUUCAGUUAUCAAUAGCUAAGAUUGAACUUCCUAACCAAAAAAAAAAUUAUGUAUAUCAAUGAUUUUAAGAAAAUAGAAAGAUUGAAGGAUAAUGGCACUACAUAAUUGUAUAGGUAUGUAGCUCCUAACCCUAGUUCUUCGGAUUUUAGCAGAAGAAGGUGACUUGUAGAAUGCAGAUAUGUAAAGUCAAAGCAUGCUAGCAUGGUGAGACCUGAUUUGAAAGGAUGAUUGUUUCCAUGAAGAUUUUUAUCCUAUGAGGUUUCUUUUGAAGCUUGAGAGAAGUCUAGAAAUGGUCGGGAUGAUAGAUGGUUUGAAUUUCAUUCUUCAUCUGUACUAUCAAUCUACCAUUCGCAAUUUCACUGCUUUUGGGUGUGGGUUGAGGAAUCUGACAAGGGAAGGUUUUGGUUAUAUUUGUUAUAUAUAUAUAAAUACACAUGAUUCAUGAUGAUUGAAUGAAAUUUUAGAUUCAAGGAAAAGUUUCUCA